UAAUAUUCACCAAAAUAAUUACUUUACAUUUGGAAUUUCAAGGGAACUUUCCUAUUAUACUUCACAAGAAAUUUUAGCACUAUAAAUAUAGUUCUCAACAUUUCUUAUACUAAUAGGAACUUCCAUUCAUAUGAGUUGUUGUUGACAUCUAAUUUUGUCCUAAGUACGAAGAAAUGGAAACUUACAAAGUUUGCGAAGGAACAACAGAAUAUCAAGACUUGUUACCUGUGAUGGCUGAAAAAUUAGACGUGGAGGCCUUUGUGGCGGAGCUAUGUGGUGGGUUCAGGCUUCUAUCAGACCCUAAAAAUGGAUUGAUCACAUCGUCGAGCUUACAAAAGAAUUCGGGGUUUUUAGGGAUGGAAGGGAUGAGUAGAGAAGAUGCAGAGGCUAUGGUAAAAGAAGGAGACUUAGAUGGAGAUGGAGCAUUGAAUGAAACAGAAUUUUGUAUUCUUAUGGUUAGACUUAGUCCAGAAAUGAUGCAAGAUGCUGAGGUAUGGCUUGAUAAGGCACUUCAAAGAGAGUUAGCUAAAUCAUCUUGUUCAUAAUUGUCUAUCCAAAAAUAUGAAAUGGACAAAAAAAUAUAUAUAUAAGAAGCUUUAAAUAUCAUAUGUAAUAUGGAUUGAAUGUUAAAUUAUAUUUGUUCAUUCCAUAUUACCAUUCCUUCUCAAUUGGAUGUAAUAAGUUUUAAGGUUACUAGUUUCUAAUUGAGAUGAAAAGUUUAUUUCAAUUCUCAAUAUCAACAUAAUCCUCCUUCAAGUUUGA